AUUUAUGCCAAAUACACUAAUGUCAAAUUAGUAUCGGCAUGCAUCCUUUAAAUAAACACUCGUAUUUGCAAUCCAGAACCGAAGGCAUAAACCCUCGCAUAUUAAACAGAUCAAUAGAUUUAGCAAGAGAUCAGCCAACAAUUGAUGGAUGCGAUUUUGACCCCGGCUAUAACAGGCUUACGUCCCAAACUCCGUCAAUCCCAUCAGAACAUCUGGAUGUAACACGACGACCGUUGGCAUUUGGACGAUGGGCCCUACCGAAAUUGAUGAGGGAACUUCAUCACGAAGACAACCAAAUCGUUUUGCAGUCCGUGACAAGCUUAACCGAUUUACUUCACGAUCCCGAAAAAGUUUAUCAGGCCUUAAAAUUAAAAAUACCCGAUAGACUGGCUGACUUACUUUCGCAUGAACUGCCCGAAAUUCGAGAAAGAGUUUGUAUUACGCUGAUCAUAUUAGCAGGUGUUGCUGAUGGUCGAGCAGCAAUCGUUCAAAAUAAACUGUUGCUGGACAAUUUAGCGAAAUUAAUGGAUGACCAACAAAGUGGCCUUCGAUUUAAAGCUGCGAUGUUACUGGAAAUGCUCAGCAGAUCUUGGUUUGCGGGCGAUUUCUUAGUGGAUGCUGGGUUUAUUAAGCUUAUACUGAAUAGGAUCUAUCAAGAAAACGGGGAGAUUAGAGUAAUUUACUUGGAAACCCUUAUAUCGUUAAUGUACGCAGAAGGAAAGGACCAAGCGUUAACCCUGGGUGCCUUCGACCUCUUUGUCGCCUGUCUCGAAGAUGAAGCUGAACCAGUGGUCGCAAAAGCAGCCGAUUGUUUACUAAUGUUAACUUCAACGAGGUCUGCAAAGGACAUUGCUUUUGACAAGCAAAUUUUGAAACGGCUGACGAAGUUGUUGUAUCAUGAUAAUAGCGAGAUAUAUACAAGCGUCGCGUCAGCAAUAAUGUUUUGCACAGUAAAAUCGGAAGCAAAAAUACAAGCAAAACAAUUACCAAAACUAUUGGAACGGUUGAUUAUCCUAACGAACCAUUGGAAAUCUCAAUCUACACAACUCUUUUGUAUGAAGUCAUCCAAUCAACCAACGCAUUUCUAUAAUUAAGGUGGGAAUUAUAAAAUAUUAAAUACUCAACGGACGGUACUUAAAAAAUCUGAAGUGAAGUGAUUUAUCUAUAUCGUUAAGUAAAUGUUUUCUCAACGAAAUUGGUAAACAAGUUAACUUUUGACCCAGUAUUUUGACGUUUGAAAAAAAAUAUGAAAGUGGUUUGUUGAAGAACCUGAAGCAGACUUCGAGAAAUAAGCUUGAUUGCGAUGCUCAAUGGAAGAUGGUCAAAGAGUGGUAUGCGAGACUUACCAAGUGCAAUUCAGCUAUUAAAAAGAUGGAACGAGAAAAAAUACACUGUUGGUAUUACAUAUUGUAUACACAUUGCAUUUUCCUCUUUCCAAUAUAAUCCACUCAUUAUAAAACUGGAGACAUUCAUCAACAAUUA